UACUUCAACAAGCGAAACAACAGCGCAGUGCCGCUGAUUUUGAUGAACAGCUUCAGUACCGAAAAAGCAAUCGACGAGUUCCUGGCGACACGCAGUAUCGAGGUGAAAGCCUUCCUACAAAGUAAAUGCCCGAGGAUAUUUGCGAGCACAUCAAUUCCAGUACCCUUACAAAGGGAUGCUGAAAGCGAUGAAAGUUGGUAUCCUCCGGGCCAUGGUAAUAUUUUCAAAUCGAUGGAUUUUACGGGAGUUUUGGAUGAAUUAAUUGCUCAAGGACGUGAUAUCUGCUUCAUUUCAAACAUCGAUAAUACAGGCGCGACGAUUGAUUUGCGCAUUGCCAAACUGAUGGUGGAUAGUGAUCUAGACUAUGUGAUGGAAUGCACCGACAAAACAGAAGCUGAUAAAAAAGGUGGCACUUUAAUUGAAAUAAACGGUCAUAUUAUGCAUUUGGAGAUGCCGCAAGUGCCCGAGGAUCAUAUCAGUGAUUUCUGCUCAACGGAUUUGUUCAAGAUUUUCAAUACAAAUAACAUCUGGGUGAAUUUGCGAGCCGUAAAAAAGAAACUUGCUACGAUGAAAAUGGAAAUAAUCGUCAAUAAAAAGACUCUGAGCAGUGGUGAGUUGGUGAAUCAGUUGGAAACAUCUCUCGGUGGCGCCAUAAGAAAUUUCGAUAAAGUGUUAAGUAUCAAAGUGCCACGGUCUCGUUUCAUUCCUGUAAAGAAAACACAGGAUCUGUUAAUUGUAAUGAGCGAUAUUUAUGAAAUAAGUGACGACUACUCUCUACAAAUGCGCUGUACAGGAACUAAGCAUCUCCCUAUUGUUGAGCUCUCGGAACAUUUUAGCAAAAUCUCAGAGUUCCAGAGGCGCUUUCCUGAAAUUCCUAGUUUGCGUGAAAUGGCUAGUCUGAAGAUCAUUGGUGACGUGUACUUUGGACGCAAUGUAACACUUAAGGGUUGCGUCGAAAUUAUCGUGGAUGAGGGACAGCAGUUGACAAUUAAAGAUGGUGAAUGUUUGGAGAACAUCAGAUUGAUUCGAAAAUCGAAUUCUGAGACGCGACUUGUACAGUUAUAG